GCCCGCGCCGCAGCGCGGCGGCCAUUUUGUGCGGCAGCGGUCAAUGCGCGGGAUUCAGCGCGCCGCGGGCCCGGGCGGGGCAGCUCCGUUCUAACCCCUUUUCCCGUACAGAUCCCUCGGUAGAUUGUUCUCGGAGUUGUAAAUCCAAGUCCAGUUACUGCAGCAGCAGGAGAGUGCAGGCCACUGUUUGUGUUUACCUGGAGGGGCAUCCAGUAUACCUGGAACUGACUGCCCAGAGGUAGAAGCAGGUAGAAGCACAGUCCCACCAUUUUCCAUGGACUGAUGCAGGCUGCACUGGAAGAGGUUGUACAGUCCUGUUUGGAAUGUUUGUAACAACAUAAACAARUUUUUUGGGGAAUAAAAUCAGCAGUGUUGAUAUUACAAAAUGACAAAACAUCCUCCGAAUAGAAGAGGGAUCAACUUUGAGGUGGGAGCCCAGUUGGAAGCCCGUGACAGAUUAAAAAACUGGUAUCCAGCACACAUUGAAGAAAUUGAUUAUGAAGAGGGGAAAGUACUCAUCCAUUUCAAACGCUGGAACCAUAGAUAUGAUGAAUGGUUUUGUUGGGACAGUCCUUAYUUGCGUCCCUUAGAGAAAAUACAGUUAAGAAAAGAAGGAUUGCAUGAGGAGGAAGGUUGUGCAGGAUUUAAUAUCAAUGAUCAGGUAUUGGCAUGCUGGUCUGACUGUCGCUUCUAUCCAGCCAAAGUUACUUCUGUUAACAAAGAUGGUACAUACACUGUGAAAUUUUAUGAUGGUGUAGUUCAGACGGUCAAAAAUAUUCAUGUCAAAGCUUUUUCCAAAGAUCAGAAUAUUGUGGGUGAUGCUAAGCCUAAGGAAAGAGGUAAUGAAAUUCCGUCAUCUCCUGAAAACUGGGAGAAAUUUAAAGAGCAGAGGAAAGCAACAGGUAAUGCAAAGAAAGACCAAGAUGAAAAGACAUUAAAGACUGAAAAACGAGUUAAGCAACCUGAUAAAGAGGGAAAGUUUAUAGUGAUCUCGGAAAAAGGCAAGGUCUCAGAAAAGAAUAUAUCUAAGAAUGGAAAAGAAGAUAAAGAGAAUAUAUCAGAGAAUGAUAUGGAAUAUUCAGUAGAUACACAAAUUGAGAAGAAGCCUGAGAAUGACAAUGUAAAGAGUCCACAGGAAAAUGCAAAAGAAACUAAACGAAAGCGUGGCAGACCACCAGUAACGCCUCCCACGGACCCAAGUUCUCAGACGCUGCAGCCMAUAACUCUGGAGUUAAGACGUCGAAAAAUACCUAAAGGAGGUGAUGUUCCAUUGAAACGUCCCAGGAUUGAAAAAAACUUGUCUCAGGAAAAAUUUAAGAACUCUUCAGACAACGCUGAGAGAGACAACAUCAGGAGGCGAUCUUCAAGACUCUCAUCCAGUAUUAGCCAUGAGAUUUUAAAUACAGAUCUUGUUACAACUUCCACGGAAGUUCAGCCUUGGAAAGAUGCAAUAUCUAACCAGAAUGAAUCUGAGAAGGUCCAGUUAGAAAUUCCUGUUGAACCUGACCAAAGUUUCAGUGAGCAGGGAUCACCUGGAAACACAUCGCACAGCACAGCACUCAGUACAGAUGCCAGUUUGCAGGAAGAAAAAGCUGAAGACGCUGAGUCUUCUUCUGUUACAGUCAGAACUCAAGAACCUUCUGCUGCUACAGUAACAAAACCUUGUAGGAGAGCAGAUUUUCUUGCAUCAAAAAAAGCUGCAACUGUUGACCAAGAUCACAAGUUUAGAUGCAAGUUCUUGGACUGUUCAAAAUCCUUCCGCAAAGCCAAGUUAUUGCAUUAUCACAUGAAAUAUUUUCAUGGAGUGGAGAAGGCUGCAGAAUCACAACAGAACAACCCUGUAAAAAGAAAUAUUCAAACCAGAGCUUCUUUGGCUUCUGAAAAAGCUAAUCAAGAAAGGUCAAAAAGAGGACGGAUCACAGCUGGUUCACUGUAUGCACCUCUACACAUAGCCCUAAGGAGUACCCCAUAUAGAGAUGAAAAAGUAGAAAAGAGAAGAACUUCAACUCCUGUAAGUGCAUUAAAUAGUCACCGUCAUUCUAUUAGAGGCCAAACCAGGAACCACAUAGCGAGAGCACUGCGGAGGCCUCGGGAAAGAGUUCAACAUGCUGUUAGAGAAAAUGAGAAAAACAAAGAAAGAAAAUCCAAAGACUAUGGAAGAUCCAAGUCAAAGAAAAAGAAAAAAAAGAAAAAGAGGUCUAAGCCUGGGUAUUCUGGCAUGGGGGAGAGCACRGAUAUCUCACAAGAACUUUCACCUGAAAAAUCAGUUGUCCCAAAAUCUGUUUCUUCAAGUAAAUCGUCUGCSCACCCAAGUACAUUGCUGCACUGCGCUGAUUCUGGACAGCACAAGGGAAAAKCAAAAGCAAAUGAUGAUGACACCCUGAGUGAGUCAUCUAUGGAUAGCUUGCUUUGGAGUGAUGAUGACUGCAGUCAGGAUGUUGAUGUAACCACCAACCCUGAUGAAGAAGUUGAAGAAAGUGAUUUUGAGAUUGUUCGGUGUGUUUGUGAAGUAAAAGAAGAAAGUGACUUCAUGAUUCAGUGUGAAGAGUGUCUGUGCUGGCAGCAUGGAGUCUGUAUGGGUUUACUGGAAGAUAAUAUACCUGAUAAAUAUACCUGCUAUAUUUGCCAAGAUCCUCCAGGUCAGAGGUCCAGCUUAAAGUACUGGUAUGAAAAGGAGUGGUUAAGUAAUGGUCACAUGCAUGGCUUAGCAUUUUUGGAAGAAAAUUAUUCGCACCAGAAUGCCAAGAAGAUCGUGGCCACUCACCAGCUGCUUGGCGAUGUUCAGCGAGUGAUCGAAGUCCUGCAUGGGCUGCAGCUGAAGAUGAGCAUAUUACAAAAUAAAGAACACCCUGACUUAAAGCUUUGGUGUCAUCCAUGGAAGCAUAUAACGGUGGAUGAAAAAAUCCAUACAAAACACAUCAUUCACUUCGAGGAAAACUGUUGCAAAGAGGAGACGGCAAGUUAUAGAACUUGGAAUGGGACAGUUGAGAAACCCUCAACAAUUCCUCCUGUGGAGGAAUCUUACAUUACMAGUGAACACUGUUACCAGAAGCCUCGGGCCUACUACCCUGCCAUAGAGCAGAGGCUGGUUGUGGAAACAAGAGGUUCAGCCAUGGAUGAUGGAGUAAAYAGAAUAAGGGAAAAUGGGGAUGAUACCCUGUCGGAGAGGUUUGGCUGGAGUCUGGACCAAGAAAUAUGCAAGAUGGAAAAUGAAUCCAAACACAAUUACUCUAAGGUGAGAGAGUCUGUCUCUAAGAAAGUCUCUCCGGAGGAAGCUAUUGAAAUGAAAUUGCUGGAAAAAGACAAAGAAGGAGUUGUGAACUCGCAGCUGCAGUGGCAGCUUAAUCUUUUAGCUCACGUGGAAUCUCUGCAAGAUGAAGUCAUACACAGAAUGGAUUUCAUUGAGAAAGAGCUGGAUGUUCUGGAGAGUUGGCUGGAUUACACAGGAGAGUUGGAACCCCCAGAACCACUGGCUCGACUSCCCCAGCUCAAACAUUGUAUAAAGCAGCUGAUAACAGACCUGGGCAAAGUGCAGCAGAUUGCUCUGUGCUGCUCCACGUGAGGCUGGAGAACACUGGGCUGUCAUUGCACGCCAAGCUGGAGUGUCUGAUGGAAGCAGCUCUGGAUCUGUAAAUGACACUAGCAUGCUGGUUGCUUGGGAUGCAGAUUGACUUCAGGGACUUGUGAAGAAGCCUUGUUGAAAGAACAGCAAAAAGGUUAUUUCAGGUUCUAGGCAGUUAUAAUGCUGUGGAGGAGGUCAUGCUUUUUGCUCCAGAGGUUGCCUGUUGGUUGAUAAGUUACACUCAAAUUUUCACUCCUUACAAGUUGCUCAUCAAAACGGUAGACUUUUUCAUCAUUAAAUUGACUAAAAGUUGUGCCACUGAAGAACAGAGUUCCAAGAGCCAAAAAAGUUUGGUUGACAGGGGUUGUAAAUAACUUUGCAUAGUUUAAGUGACUCAUGUCAUGCUAUAUCCUUUCUGGUUUAUGCAUACUAGCACUCAGUAUUUAAUCAUUAGGAGAUGUUAUAACUGUUUCAGACUUAGUAAGUAUGAAUGUCCAGCUCUUGACUAUAAAGUGUUAUGUGGAGGUUAGCAAGUAACAGUGGCCUGACCCACACAUCUGUUACAGUAAAUAACGUAGCAGGAGGUCACAGGUGGAUUGCACUUAUUUUCAGAAUAAAUGAUUGUUUUCCGUAUUUAUCCUGUCACUGUCACAUGACUUGGUAUUGGGGAAGCCCAUGAACGUGGUGUUUAUAUGCAUUUUUGAGCUCUUAAAUCCAGCCAUCCUGUGCCUCCUGCAGCCUGGUGGGAUAGCCUCAUUGCAGUAGUGUGGAAUGCUGCCAGGAAAGGACUGGAGCCACGCUCUGAAUUCAGACUGCAGCAUGGUCUGUCAUGGAUGUGAUGUAUUUUCUACCCAUUUGUUAAUAAUUACCAUUCCGGUUAUAUUUGGAAAUGCAAACUUUUUUCAGUACUCUGGAUGUGUUCAUUGUAAAGACUUGCUAUGAAAGUGUGAUUUUGGGAAUCAGUUUGUUUUCUGUAAAUAAAACCUCAAGAUCUAUGCAUGAGGUGCUGUCCUUGCAGACAGUGAGUGGGGGUUAUCAUCUUAAGUGGUCUGUGUUCACAAAAUCCCUUUUUAUACCUUAAGUUUUAAUUUUUGGUUUAUAUUUACUUUGUGAUAGCAAGGUGACAAAGCUGCUGAUGUUUGGUYGCAUUAUGCAGAACCUUUGAAAUGUUGUGAGUAUUUGAGAGGUUCAAAGUCUUUCAGCUGCAGAUCACSGCUCCUGAAAUAAUGGCUGCAACUUUAGUUUUCCUUCACAAAUGUUGCUGAGUUUUAGUUCCCUAUAGAACCUAAUGACCUGGUUUUGCAGUAAGAGGGUAUCCUUAAAAAGUUGGAUUCGUUACCUUAAUUUUAUUGUGUGCAGUGGUACUACCAAAGGGCAACAUUCAASAAGAGUUGUAAUGGAAAGUCCCAUACCUGUUCAAAUUCUUAAUUUGGAAUAUAGAUGUAAUAUGUUUAUUCUGCAGAGAAUAAUGUGAACUKGAAAUAUCCAAUAUUAUUGUAGGAAUUCCUAUCUCUACACAGUGAAUAUUUUAUUUCUUUCAGAGAACMAAAUAAUUAGGCUGCUCUAGGUAGUAACUAAGACUUUUAUGCCAAGAUUCAGUUCAGGGAAUAACUUGUCUCACAGUUUUAUAGUAUUAAGUUGGUAUAUAGUGAAUGCAGCAUAUGUACAGAAGGAAAACUUGCUUUUCUGUAACACAAUUGGAAUAAAGCUUACAUGGUAUUUAAGGAUCACUUGGCUCUCUGAAGAUGAGACCAAUGCUUAUACCUUGGCUCGUUCCUGUCAGACCCCUGAGCUCAUGUGUAGCUCUAGAGGAGGUGAUGUGGCCAGACAACCAGAACAGUGUCAGAGGAGCCAGGCAACUGGUGUUUCUCCAGUAAAAUGGACCAGAAAAGGUGUUCCCUGGUUACAGUCUGUAAAGCAGGACACAGCUGCAUGGAAACAGCUUGGUUGUGCUCUCAGUCUGAGGGCAUUCAAGCCACUCAGUCCCUGAGCAGGCUUCUUGCUCCAAAGGGGGAUUUCUUCUCAAGCAAUGGCUUUUGUGUGCUCAUUCUGUGUUUUUACUUGUCGGUUUAUUUUUGCUCAGGGCAGUACUGGAGGUGUGGAAGAAAAGGCAGUUCCCAUGGGUAGAUCAAGUGGCAGAUCCUGGAGACUUGCUUCCCUUCGGUAGUGCUGGGGAAGUCCUUGCAGAUAAAGAGUGAAGAUAUUUAUUUAAAAUAGAGUAGUACUUCUCAURUUCAGGGAAGAUUCUUUAUUGUGCUCUGCCUGGAUUCAUUUCUGUCCCUGGUUUUGCAAGUUUCCUCAUUGUUAUUUUCAGUCUGGACCAACUGUUCAGGCUGACAGGUCACUUUUUUCUUUAAAUCACUGGUAAGUGAAUGCAAUGUGGAGCCUUGAUGAACUGAGCAAACAUUGCACUGUGGGUACAUGCGUGUUUGUCUUUGUUGAUGCACUAUUAGAACCAAGGGGCUGUACAUAGAAUUUUGUUUCAGAGCAAUAUUUGCAAAACUUGAAAACUUCUGUAUCUUGGUGUUUGGAAUAAAUAAAAAUAGGUUUUUGUUGGUUAAGUCUUAGUAAAGUCUUUGUUUAAAUUAAUGAUAACUCAAUAAAAUAAUUUUGGCCUUUUUUCCUUCACAUCGCAUUGAAAUGCAAGUGCUGUAAUUUGUCAGGUAUAUAUUUAUCUUAACURUUCCUAAAGUCUGGAAAUGAUUAUUUUCCAGAUCUGUCUUCUAUAAAUAUUCUUAAUAGUUUGUGUUGGAUAUUGUUUAAUGAGGAGCUCAUACGUUUUGUUCCCAAAUCCUAAUAUAUGUAAUAUAUUAGUAUGUGUGAUCUGACCCUAGUUUUUGUUCUUUUUGGACAAUCAGCCUGUCAGGACAGCCACAGCAGCUCGGGGCAGAGGAAGCACAGCAUUAGCAAUGGUGUGAAGUAAGGAGCUCUGGAUGCAGUCAAACAAUCCACACAGAGAAAAUGCAUGGGAAGGGGAGGAAGCUGUGGAGGGCUGGAGAUGCUGCAUACCUGGCACAGGGUGCCUGAAGGCAGGGGCAGGCAUUGGUCUGUACCUUCAGGUUCCCUCUCUUCCCUCUCAGUUUCCCCAGUGGGAGAAAAGUAGAUGUAUUAACUUGUCCUAGCAAUAUUUUCUUUCUAACGUCAUUCUCAAAAAAAAAAAAAAUCUUGUGAAGCUGGAUUUUAAGGUUGGAGGAUGUAUCACUACUGGAGCCUGGCAUGUGAAGCCUGGAGAGACGUGAGCUACUGUUGGCAGAUCCCAGUGUGUCUCACAGCUCAGUGUAAUCAUGCAAGUCUUUUACCAUCACUUAAAUGUCUAAAUCGGGUUUUAAAGUUGUGAUMUGAAUUUGAAAUAAUUCAAUGAGAUGUGUACUGUGGCUUGUCAUGUUUUGAUGUGCCCUCUGAUUUAGUUACUUACCUGAUCUGAGGUUCCUGUAGAUGCAGAGACACAAAAGGAGGCAGCCCUCUGUCAGCCUUUGUGUGGGUAGAGUCACCAUAUUUGACUGAAACAUAAUUUCUAAUUACAGGAUCUGCUGUUGGACAUUGUCCAGUAGGUGGUUCAUGUUCGUGCCCAUUCUGAUGACAGUGCCCCAUCUGCACUUUGCCACCUGGCACUGCUGUUCCAUCCAGCUCUGGGGUGCUUGUGGCUGGUCCUUGCUCUCAUUUCCCAGUGGGGCUCUGGAGCACUGCAGGCCACUGCAGUUGAUCACCAGUGUUUCACAGCUUUGCACUAAUUCUUUGGGUUGCACAGCAGUUCUUGUGAAGGGAAAAAACUGUACAGCUCUUGUCUGGGUGAUAGCUGCUGCAGGUAACCCUGAACAAGGUCCUGUUGAAACACACGGUUAACAGCAAAUACCCCUUUUUUUCCUAUUACAUUGUAGAAGCAGACACAGGAACUGAAAACAAACAGCAACAUGGGGAUUCAUCUUGUCCUUCUGCAGGGUUUUCCUGCUGGUGGUGUUUGUGUACUGUUGGGGUGUUUGAAAGGAGAGGCUGGAUGAGGCCGUGGAGCCUUGCAGUACUGCAAUCCUGGGUCUGAGGGGGUUCGUGGGCUCUGUUCCCAUCAUGGACAUGUGGGCUUGUUGUGAUCCAGAAAAGCAGAGGAAACUAAGUAUGAAAAGAAGUGGAUUGAACAAAAAAUGGUUGAAAAUAUUCCCAAAACGAGAUAAAACCAAACGAGAUAAAAUGUCUAUGCCA